AUGUUCAUAAAUUCAGAUGACGCGAAGAUGACAACGUGGGAAUGCUCGGUUUGCUGGCAAGUCAUCGAGGAGCAUAGAAAGGCCGAUAUCAGGAAGCACCGAAUCUCCCACAUCAGAGAAAAUGACUGGGCAAAGCUAGAGAAAUCUGUCUCUCGUAGCAAAACGCAACAUUGGCUGAACGAGCAGACAGAACAGCCGACUGCUUUGACGACCUCAGCUCAAAACUCUGUCGGUGAUUCUCCUUGUACUAGCUUUGAGUCUCCUGGAAGUAACUUCAGUGUGGACGAAUCCUCGCCAGACAGAGCUCAAAAGAAGACCGGCUCAAAACUAGAAUCCCCAGUUCCAACGCCAGAGAGUUCGAAACCUCGAAGAUCCUUGUACAAAUGCGAUUUCUGCGAUUUCAAGGGAAAACGCGACGGAAUCGUCCGCCAUGUCAAAUUCGAUCACAAGGAAAAGCUCGACAAGUGGCGGACAAAACAGUCGGAUGUUCUGCACUUGCCAUGUGAUCAAUGCGACCGAUUCUUUGCUUCAAUGGACGACCGCGACGCGCACUUCAAAAUGAAGCACCUAAAACCCGAAAGCCUCAUCAGAGGAACUCCCGGAGGAACGAAACGGCAAGCGUCAGAGAUGAAGGACACGAGGAACAUGUCGCCGGCUGAUUCAGUCAGACUCUUCGUCCGAAAGAAGCUAGAAAAGCGUGAUUCUCGUUCGAAAUCAAAGACGAGAGAAUCUCUGCUGAAUUUGUGCAAAGAGUACACUUCUGGAACAUCGGAUUCGAAUCCCAAAGAGGCGGAAGGUCAAAAAGUCGAUGUGAUUUUAACCUGCCCAAGCAGCAGAGCGGAAGCUUUCUUCUCUGGGCGCCUUUCAUUUUGUCCCUAUCAUCCCUGCGAAGCGACUUUCAAGACUUCGUUAGCCCUUGAAGCUCACGUGAGCAGAAAGCACAACGACAAGUGGGAUCACUUCAUGCGAUCCCUUGACCGUCCAUAUCAGUGUCCCUCAUGUUCGUGGCGAUACUCCUCCUCUCAAAGUCUACGAGAACACCUUCGCAAAUACAAGAAGAUCUGUGCCUCAUAUAAACCUACCUCAGAAUGCACCAGGGAGCUUCUUUUCGAAGAAAGUUCGCUCAAAGCUGGUGAAGAACUUGCCGAAAAUCCAGCCGACCUUCGCCCCUACAUCGUUGACGAUUUGAUAGAUCGGAAUCGACGACUCUGCCCUUUCAAUGAACACUUCCAUUGCCAAUUUCGUUUCAGUUCAGAAGAAAAGCUCGCAGAUCACAUUCAAAAGUGGCAUCCUACUCAUUUCGCAACGUUCAUGCGAUGCAUUGACCGGCCAUUCAUCUGUGAAACAUGUGACUUUCGAUUCCCUGAUAUUGACCAGCUUCGAUUGCACAAGCAAAUGCGUCAAGGUGUGUGUUCUUCCUACAGUCGUGAUCUACACGAUGUUUACAUUCGGAAGCGUCCCCGAUCCGACGACAACAUGGAGUCUGACGACAACUACUCUGAAUAUGACCCCGAUAAAAUAUUCGAAGAUCCACUUCUGUUGGAAACUGCGAGUAUCAAGGGAGAACCAGAUCCUGUUCGAGAUUCGGAUGAAUUCAAGGAAGAAGCAGAGCCUGUUGCUGAGCCUGAAAAAACCUCCCAACCGCUGCUGAAAAUCAAAGUCAAGACUUAUUCCGAGAUGAUCCACUGCCCCUACUGCGAAGUGAGAUACAAUCUAGACGAAGACAGCCGAGCUCUGUACAAGCUGAUUUUCCACGUUUCCGCUCAUCACCCUCAACUAAACGCGGCUUUCCGUCGCAAAAAGACAACCUUUCUUCCCUACCAAUGCGAUAUCUGCCGCUUUUGCUUCGUCGACAGGGACCAGCUGGCCGAGCAUGAUUGCGAGAAGUCCCUUGAUGUUCCGCAAAUUAUUGAAGUAAUUUGCGAGCACUGUGGGGCGAGACUGUGCUCCGAGCCACGGUAUUGCAAGGAUAUGAUCGAUACGCAUAUGAAGAAUCGCCAUCGCGAUCGAUAUUUACAAUUCAGAAGUAAAAGAUCGGAGUACUUUAAUCUAAAGUGUCCUGGGUGUCUCUUCUAUUUCUCCAGCGAGAAGGCCCUCGAUCGGCAUGAAGAAAACUGUCGGCACCCGACCAACCCGCCCUUACUUGAUCCUGCAGAAGAUACCCUUUGA